GGGCGGACCCAUUCGCAUGAGGGAAGGAGGGGGGGGAGGAAGGAAGCACGGGAGCAACGAAUGCUACUCGUAGCAGGUUGCGUAGGGGAUUGAAUCCACCUCGCCGCCGUGUGGAAAUGUGUGUAUAUGUGUCUGUGUCGCUUUCUCUUGCUUUUCUUUUCUUUAAUUGCUCUUCCUGUUACUCUGUCUCUCUGUCGUUCUUUCUUUCUUGGAUUCCCGCACACUGUGCUGCAUUUCUCUGUGUCAUCGUGCGGUAGCACUGUUGGAUCUAUUUCGGACCUAGCGAGAAUCAAUCCAUCGUAUGUCGCAGUGUCGGAUUUGGCGGAACCACGCUAUUCUCAGAUAGCGCAGCGCCUUUUCAUGUUCCGGUGGACGUGAUUGCUUAUUGCCCCUGUCAAUGGCUUCGAGUUCCAGUUACGGAACUUUUUCUGGAGUGCAUCGACGAAGAGAUUCUGAUGCCGGACUAGGGCAACAUAUCUUACAAAUGGAGGAUAUGAGAGCUCAUGAUCUACAGCCUUCUACUUCACAGCCGGAGUUUGAACCUGAUGAUUCAGAGGUCUCACCUCGCAGAGGUUUAAGAUUAGAUGCAUGGUGCUUGCCACGUAUUCCUGUUAUUAAUGAAGCUGCAGUGCGUUUUGCUGAGUCCGCGUCCAAUUUGGGUCGUCAGAUUGCCAAAGUUGUGGAAGAAACUGUUGCUCCACUCCCUCCGUCACCAUCGUUCUCAAAUGCUAGUUAUGACAGAUUGAACAAUGAUCAUGAGAGGAUGCUUCAAGACUUCAUUGAAUCACCUAACGUUGCAGUUACCACUCCUAGAGUGUCUGAGGAUGAAAUCGCUGAGAGCAGCAGUCUCUUAAGCAACUUAGGGGUUGAGCAGGCACAGACCUUCUUCGCGGCAACUAGCAAAACGAUGAUGGCAGUGGGACAACAGAUAUUGAGUGGUCCUCCUGCUGCCUGGCAUGGCUUAGUGACUCGAGUUCAAACCACAUUGAAAGGCUCUGCAGACGACAUCGGCUGGCUUGAGAAAAUACCGGGUUCGUUACCAGUUGAGGACGAUACUGCGGGAUUCCUCGAAGCUCUAGAGAGAAUCAGCCAUGGCGUCCACAUAUUACCCAAUACGGUGACAUAUCUUCUGAUACCAGGUCUGUUCAGCAACCAUGGGCCCCUCUAUUUUGUCGACACGAAGAAGUACUUCUCUAAGCUGGGUUUGGAUUGCCAUAUUGCAAAAAUUCAUAGUGAGGCUGCUGUGGAGAAAAAUGCCACUGAGAUCAAAGAUCACAUAGAGGAGCUUUACUGGGGAGCAAAAAAGAAAAUAGUGAUAUUAGGUCACUCAAAGGGAGGCGUAGAUGCAGCAGCUGCUUGCUCUAUGUUUUGGGAUGAUUUAAAAGAUAAGGUGGUCGGGCUUGCGCUUAUCCAGAGUCCAUAUGCUGGAAGUCCUGUUGCUGCUGAUAUUUUGCGAGAAGGUCAAAUAGCGGAUUUUGAGACUCGACGAAUCAUGGAAAUGUUAAUAUCCAAAGUUAUUAAGGGUGACAUUCAAGCGCUAGAAGAUUUAACGUACGAGAAGCGGCGCCAAUUUUUGGCAAAGUACACUUACCCCAUAGAUCUUCCGACCAUCUGUUUUCACACCGAGGCUAGUCGUUCUCCAGGGUGGGUUGCUACAAUGUCUCAUAUAGCCCAAGUAGACUCUGUAGCUAGUGUUAAGCUUCCAGUAGCCGUUCCUCUGGCUGCUGCUAUGGCAAUCUGUGCCCUUCAUUUGGAAAUCAGGUAUGGGGAAAAGAGCGAUGGCCUUGUGACAAGAAAGGAUGCAGAGGUUCCUGGAUCUAUUGUCGUGAGGCCUGAGAAAAAGCUGGAUCAUGGAUGGAUGGUCUACUCACCUGCACGUAAAGAUCCUCUGGAGCCUGAUGCAGCACAAAUGUGUGAAGCGCUUAUCACUGUACUUCUCAACCAUGACAAAUGGAAACGGCCACAGACUCUUGUUACACCCCAAGCCGAAGCCGCUGUCAGUGAUGCGCAGGAAAAUGCAGGAACCGUCUUAUCUUCUUAGGUCCUGGAUUUGCAAUAGUAUCUUCAUUUGUUUCACAUCUCUGAAGUUGAGAACAAUCUUUCAGGGGCGUCUCGUAGAAAAAAAUUCUGAGGACCUCGCAGUAUAUCUUUAGAAGCUGUAUUACUGCCAUUUUGUUUCUGAUUAUCAUCCUGAGAUUCUCAUAUUCUUAUCAUUUUUUAAUCCACUGCUGUAUACGGAAUGUGCACCGGCAAUUCAACUAAUACUUUUGUCGGAAACUUACAUGUUAGUACAAUUUGAGUUUCUGACUAAUUCUUCGA